UCAGUCACCGGUUAUGUAGACAUAAAUACUAUAUGGUCAUCGUUUCGAUUCAUAUUUAUUAUACAUAUUAUACGAUAAAUCUAUGUAUAGCAAAUAUAUCGUAGUCCGACCGGGUCGAUCGCCUAUAUAAUAUCUAAUUCUAUAUAGCUAUAUAUUUAAUACGUAAUUUAUGCAUGUGUAAUUUGUGUCCAUUUCGAUCCGAGUAAAUAAAUAUAUAUGUACACGAAAAWCAGUAGAAAAACUAAGUGUAUGUACGUUACCUAACACUGUGCGAUAUACCUGUACUCAUAAAUAAUGGCGACAAAAUUUGUGCCGUUUAUGCUUUUAUCGUGUUACACGAUCGUGAAAAAUGUUGAAUCCGCUAAGCUCCAAGCUCUACCGUUACCGUCAUACAUUGGUAAGGGCUGUUUGAGGGACGACCCAAACCUAAACGAAUGCGUUGUGCGUAAAGGAGCUCCUGUAAUCGAUCGUAUAGUCAAAGGUGACCCAAAGUACCGGAUACCGAAGUUAGAUCCUUUAGUCAUACCAGAGUUGACGAUUAAUCAGGGUACCAAACAAGUGGGUUUGACAAUGUCAUGCAAAAACUGCGAGCUGCACGGCCUAAAAGAAACGCGAUUCGUUAGAGCCAGAGUGGACGAGAAAAAGAGACACGUUGAAUGGGACUUUGAACUCGAUCAAUGUAUGUUUUUGGGAAAAUAUUCGGUCUCAGGGCAAGUCCUGAUAUUGCCAAUCAAAGGUGACGGAGAUGCUAACAUCACAGUCAAUGGGAUAACGUUUACGUAUUUAUAUGACUAUAAUCUAGUCAAACGAGCAAAUGAAAGAGACUAUGUGGAUAUCGUCAAAAGUGAACUGAAGUUUGAUGCCAAAGGAAUGAAAUUGAAAUUAGAUAAUUUAUUCAACGGAGACAAGCUAUUGGGAGAUAACAUGAACCUUUUUCUAAACGAGAACUGGCAAGAUUUACUGAAAGAGUUCGGACCUGCYAUCGGUGACGCGUUUGGAACGAUUAUGAAGAACACGCUGGGAUCGGUAUCAGACCUAGUGCCAUACGACUUUAUUUUUCCAACUAGUUAAUAUUUAUACUUCUGUUAUUAUUUAUUGUUAUACAUAUUAUAUUUUUAUAAGCCUC